AUGGCAGUUAAUAAUAAUGACAAUGGCAACAAUGUUAAUGAUAGUCAUAAUACUAAUAAUAAUACAAAUAAUAAUUUAAAUACUAAUAAUUCAAAUAUGAUAAUCGUAUGGUCAAGUGUUACAAAACUGCUAACUGUCCAUUUGCUGGCCGUCUAUGGCCUAUACUGUUGGCUAUUGACAGCUAGAUAUCAGACCAUUUUGUGGACCUAUUCCCUAGGGGUUUGUUCAUCGUUUGGCAUACUGUGCGGCGCUCAUCGUCUAUGGUCUCAUCGAUCAUAUAAAGCCCGACUACCCUUACGCGUACUGUUGAUGCUCCUGAAUACGCUGGCCCUACAAAAUACCAUAUACGACUGGUGCCGGGAUCAUCGGGGUCAUCAUAAAUUCUCGGAAACCGAUGCCGACCCGCAUAACUCCCGACGCGGAUUUUUUUUCUCCCAUAUGGGUUGGCUAAUGGUACGCAAACACCAGCUAGUGGUGGAAAAAGGUCGUACACUUCAGCUACAGGAUCUAUCAGCUGAUCCGGUUGUCCGAUUUCAACGUCGAUACUAUCUGCCACUGGUUAUCCUAGUAUGGGGUUUAGUACCGACUCUACUACCCUGGUAUAUGUGGUCCGAAUCGUUGGCCAUUGCAUUUUCGGUUAAUAUGACCCGCUAUGUUAUGUCGUUGCAUCAUACAUGGCUGGUCAACUCGCUGGCCCAUAUGUCCGGCUAUAGGCCGUACGACAAAUAUAUAGCUUCCCGUGAAAAUCAAUCGGUAGUAUACCUGACCCUUGGCGAAGGCUAUCAUAACUAUCACCAUACAUUCCCAUUUGACUACUCGGCCAGUGAGUUGGGCUGGAAAUCUAAUUUCAAUUUGGCUACGGCUUUCAUCGACAUGUUUGCCUAUAUGGGACAGGCCUACGAUCGGAAACAGGCGCCCAUCGAGUCCAUUGAGAAUCGUAAGCUAAGGACAGCGGCGGCUACUGAUCUGAUUGAUGAUCUGAAUAACCAUCACAACAACAUACCGGUGCCCAACAACACCAUCAACAACAACAGCAACAAUAUGUAUGGUUAUGCCAGUACUGUCUAUGAUUAUCUAAUGGGCAUACUAGUAGUUACCUGGCCAUUGUGGCUAACAUUUACUAUUAGAUUAUUUAUCUAAAUGUUUUUUUUGCAAAAAAAAUAACAAUAAAAAAUAA